GAGCACUUGAGUACCAAACCAAAGAGAGAGAAAGAUCGAAAUUCGCUGGGAUUUGUGUAAAACAACUCGCAAUAGUUAGUCGAAGUAAAUCCCCACGAAAAGAUCGACAAUUUGGUCCAAAAAUCUGCAGUUUUCGCGAGUCCUACAAAAGUGGGUGCAAGGAGAGCAAAGGACUGGAAUUUGUGGCUUCAACUUCAUCAAAAUUGUGUCAAGGAUGGUCGCAAUUUGGUUGUUAUGUCAUUAUAAUGAUCGGAAUUUUGAUGUGAGGGUACAAGAUACUGAUGAAACGAACUACAUGGAUUUGGUUGAUGACUUGUUUGAUGAUUCUAUUAAGCAAGAUGUUCUGAUUCCCGAUUUAUUUAGAUUGUUUUAUGUUAAUCCUAGUACGAAUAAAAGAGUAGAAUUGUUGAAUGAUGUUGGUUUGAUGGGCAUGUGGGGUUUAUUUAAGCGCACAGAUACUGUGAAAAUAUGGAUAGAGAAGGCAAAUGAGAAGGAAACUUCAAUCCAAUUUAGGACUGCAGUUAAGAAAAGGAAGGAUAGGAAGGAAAGGAAGGCUGCAGAACUUAGAAGGAAAGCUGAGGAGUUUGAGAGGGAGAGGGAAGAGGAAAGGAGAAGGUUAGAAAGGGAGGCUGAGAUUCAAAGGGAUUUGGAGGAGCAAUUGGCAAACACAGUGGCAGUUGAGGUGCCUGUGUAUGAUGUUGAGGAUUUAAGCGUAGAGUACGUACGUGUUUACAGCUCACAACAUGCUGACUGCUUUUCCCCGGGAGGUUCCCAACCACCAAAUACACAAAAAGAGCCUUCACCACCACCAAGAGAGCCCUCACCACCACCAAAUAAUCCAUCACCACCACCAAGAAGUCCCUCACCACCACCAAAUAAUCCAUCACCACCACCAAGAAGUCCCUCACCACCACCAACCUCACCACAGACACAACCACAGCAACAACAACAACAGACAGAACAUCAGCAACAACAACAAAUAGAACAUCAACAACAACAACAAACAGAACAACAGCAACACCAACCCACAGAACAGCAGCAACAACAUCAAACAGAACACCAGCCAGAUCAGACACCCCCUCCUAACAGGGCUGAGUUAAACAAAGGGAGGGGUUUCAGAAUUUCCAGAAGUCAUGCUAAGAAGACGGGUGAGUUUGUUCCUAAGAAGAGGGGGGGAAGGCCUGCUGGUUCAAGGGUGAGGAAACCCACUGCAUACAAUGUGGAGGAAGAGGAGCAAUGGGAUGAUGAGAGUGAUGAUGAAAAUUUUGAGGAGAGUGAGAGUGAUAGUUGGUUCUGCUUGUUGUUGGUGCUCCUGUUGCAGUGUUCUGGUUGUGCAGGUGGGGGUUUGGGGUGGACUGUUUGUGCAGUUGGGGGGGAUUGGGGUUUAGGGCAGUGUGGUGUUGUUGUUGGGCGUCAUGACCAACUCUUGCAUCUUAGUCUGUCUUCUGAUGUUUACAGGCGUCAUGGCCAACUGUUGUAUCCUAGUUUGUCGUCUGAUGUUUAUAGGCGUCAUGACCAACGGUUGUAUCUUAGUCUGUCGUCUUAUGCUCACAUGCAUCAUGGCCAACCGUCGUAUAUUAAUCUGUCGUCUGAUGUUGUUUACAGGCGUCAUGGCCAACUAUUGUAUCUUAGUCUGUCUGAUGUUUUUACAUGUGUCAUGGCCAACUGUCGUGUCUUAGUCUGUUGUCUGAUGUUUACAGGCGUGCCUCUAUUGUCACUGUUGUGCGACAUCUAUCGUAUGAAGGCGAUAUAA